AAAUUAAGAUGUUUAUUCUUAACAUGUUCAAAAGUCUUUUGAGUUCUUUAGGACUCUAUAAGAAGAAUGCAAAAAUAUUGUUUUUAGGGUAAUUAGAAAAUUCUAAUAUUUUUAUAGACUCGAUAAUGCAGGAAAGACAACUCUAUUGAGAAGAUUGAAAGAUGAUAGAAUGGUUUAACAUGAUCCUACAUUACAUCCACAUGCAGAAGAGCUUGUUUUAGGAAAUGUUAGAUUCAAGGCAUUUGAUUUGGGAGGUCAUUAAGCAGUUAGAAAGACUUGGAAGAAUUAUUUCCCUACAGUUGAUGGAAUCAUCUAUCUUGUUGAUUCAGCAGAUUCAUAAAGAUUGAAGGAAAGUAGAGAUGAGUUAGAAUAAAUAUUAAAUACAGCAGAAUUAGCAAAGGUAUAAAAAUUCUAUAUAUAUUUUUAAUUAGGUCCCAAUAGUAAUUUUGGGAAAUAAAAUUGAUAAACCAGGAGCAGUGCCAGAAGAAGAAUUGAGAUAAGCAUUAGGAAUAAAUGUUAAACAGCAAAUUAAUAAUAAAAAUAUUAAGGAAAUUGAUGGAAGACCAGUUGAUGUAUUUAUGUGUAGUGUAGCAAACAGAGUAGGCUAUGCUGAAGGUUUUAGAUGGUUAUCAUAAUUUUUAAAUUGAAAUUUAUUAUUAGUAUAUGUAUUUUUCUUUUCAUAAAAAACCUUAAAU